UCGGACAAAUCAAGAUGGCUACUGUUAGGUGAGCUUGAGAGACGUUCGUGUAAAACGAUGAACGUAUUUUAUUAUACUUUCAGGCGUUUCCAGCGAAUCAGCCAAAGAAGACUCUGUUUGUAGUUAGCCUUCUAAUCUGAACAUGGUACUAAAAAAGCAAUGGAAAGAUGAGGACAUGGAGCAGACAAUGGAGAAGGUGGCUGAAGGCAUGCCAGUGCGCCAGGCAUGUCAGAAAAUGAGGCUAAAAAAGCAAUGGAAAGAUGAGGACAUGGUGCAGGCAAUGGAGAAGGUGGCUGAAGGCAUGCCAGUGCGCCAGGCAUGUCAGGUCUUCAACGUCCCUCGCAACACCUUGAGGGACCGAGUGAUGGGGGUGGUUACCCAUGGCUGCCGUACAGGCCCAAGCCAAAAACUCUCAGUGGAGGAAGAGCAAGCUUUAGUGGAGUAUUACCAGUGCUGUGCAGACCAUGGGUUCCCAAUUACAAGGGCCCGGCUCCAGGCAUAUGCCACCGCGGUGUUGAGGAAGAGGACCAGAAAGCCAGAAUUGCGACCAUUAGGUGUAAGGUGGUACCACUGUUUUAAGAAGAGGCACGCGGCUAUAAGCAUGAACUCCGUGAACAUUGACCGAUUGAGGUCCACCUGUGUAACACUGGAGCCGGUGAUUCACUUCUUUGACUUAUUGGAGAAGACCGUGAAUGAGCACGGGCUGAGGAAUAAACCAGCACAGGUGUAUCACUGCGACAAAACCGAGUUGAUGUCACAGCGGGAGACAAAACACCCCUCUCUGCAGGCCCCCAGCACAAGAGACCAUGUGUCGAUCCUGGCCUGCUUCAAUGCAGCUGGGGAGGACAUACCACCUCUGAUAAUAUAUCCCAAGUACUUUCCUGGGGGCCAGUACACAACCGGGGGGCCCCCCAAUGCCCUCUAUGGGAAAUCUCCAGAUGGGAACAUGGAUAGUAAACUCUUUCUACGAUGGCUCCAGCACUUCAUCCUUCACGCGAGGCAGGAGCGCCCUCUGCUCCUUAUUUUUGAUGGACACAAGGCCCACCCCUCGCCCCCAGUCGUCGAGGCGGCUAAGAGGGAGGGUGUCAUACUGCUACAUCUACCCCGACACACCUCCCAUGUCCUUCAACCCCUGGAAGUGGGUUUCUUUGGCCAUUUAGAGGCAGAUUUUGCCACGGUGACUGGCAAUCUCAGCCGUUUAAAAAAAUCAAACAAUAAUAUUGUGAGUCGGACGGAAUUUGCCAAAAUUGUCCACCACCCAUACCAGCGGGCAAAGGCUAAAGGGGUUGUGGUGAGAGGGUUCAAGAAGUGUGGCAUCUUCCCUCUAAGAAGGGCAGCCAUCAAAUCCAGCCACCUCAGAAGGAGAAAGCCGACCACUGCCACCACCACCACUGGACUGUCCUCUGCACCCCCUCCACCCAUAGGCUCCUCCCAAACACCAGGCUCUUCACUUCCCCUGACCCCUUCUCUAAAGCACAUGUUGGUGGAAGCAGGGUGGAUCCCCCCCAUCACUGAUGAGGACUACGAGAGACUCCUAGUAAAGAAGAAACAACAGUCCGCAGAGGCAAAGAAGCAGAGGCCCCGACAACGGAGGGAGCAAGCCAACAACAUCGCCCUAGAGACCACCAACCCCGUUGCGACCUCCAGGAAAACCCCCAGUGCCCGUGCCCAUGCCUCCUCCCCAUCUUCCUCUAACCACUCCAGAGCCAUUUCCUCAUCCAAGAAAAGGAAGGCCCCAGCACCGGCAGAAGGUCAGAAGAGAAAAAGGAAGUCAACUGGAGGGGGCAAAAAAACACCGAAGACAAUGGUAGACAAUGGUGUCUGUGGGAAGUGCAAAACGAUAUUUCCGGCAGGAGGCGAAGCCAUUGUGAUGUGGGUGUGCUGCUCCUUGUGCAUGGAGUGGUUCCACUGCAUAUGUGUGCAGUGGAACCACCAGGACAACGCCAGCGAUGAGGAGUUUCAGUGUGAGCGGUGCCAGGUCAUGUGCACUGAAGUUACCAUAGAGUCAUAAGGCUUUGGUUGCCCACAGACAGCUAAACUAAUGAUAAUCACUUCUCAGUUAUUCUAAAACGACUUACAAUCUCAAGGUAUGUUUACGAUUAACAUUGCCAUCAUCACAACAGUGAUAAUAUUUUGUGCAGACUUGUCAGAUUAAUGCAGCACAAAACUAAAUCAGGAAACUGACGCCAACAUAAGGCGAAAUAGAACUAUUCAGUUAAUUAAGCCUAAAUAUUGGCAAUGCUUUCCUGAGCCUUUAAUCUCUCCAUAUGCCAUAAACAUAUUAUUUGUGUUGAUUUCUAUCAAAUCUGCUGUUGAGGCAUAAGCUAUGAUCACUUUUAUUUAUACAUGUUUUCAGCCUGAUCAUUAGUGGUGACAUUGACAUAUUCAAUUGUGUUUUAUACAGUAUCCUCUGAAUAAACAACUUGAGUUGUAUCAA